GCUGGACUCAAUAUCUCAGGACUUCACAGACAAGAGUUAAACACCGCUGAAAUGUUUUCCAACUAGUCAUGUAACACAUCCAUGCCCGGCGGGACUAAGUUCUAGGACUUUACGGCAGGACAACCUCACAACUAAAACAGCUAUUCAAGGCAGUGUGUUGAAUGAAUUGGAGGUCUCACAAACAGAAACACAAACACCAUGAACUCUCAGAGCAGCUUUGGCAGCACCUUUUUGUUUCAGUCCAUCAACAAUGAACUGAGCGCAUCUUUGGCCACAGCAGAUGAGCUUUCACGGGAAUUCAGCUCUCUCCUGUCAGAAGCCACUCCUGUCAUCCAAACCACUACUUCAGAGAGUUCUGGCCCCAAACCCCAGAACAGCAGCAAUGGCAGUUUGUAUGGUGCAAACAAGAAUGGAAACGACCGCAUCGGCACAAACCUCUCCUUUUCCCAGAGCUCCACGAGCAGCUGGAGCUCAGACUCCAGCAUCAGCAGGAAGGAAUCCAACCUGGACCUUCCUCCUGCUGUCACAAUUCGGUCUUCAUCUCCUGCACCUCACCUAGACAGUAUGAAAGUCAAGCUUUCAACUCCUAGUCCUUUAACCCAGCAGCAUUCCUCUUUUACAAACCGUAAAGACAGCUCGGAUUCACGAUAUUCCUUUGACCAAAUGACCCCCCCUAAUAUGUCUCCCAAUACAAUGAGACGAAUGACACAGAUGCCGUUGAGGCCUCAAGAUCGAAGCACAAGAGGAUCGUUGAGCUACGGGGAGCUGUCCAACUCUACCUAUGAAAACAAAACACCUCGCACCUCGCUGCAGCCCUCAGCGAGCCCCUUGUCUUCCAUUCCGAGGUCUCCGAGGUUGGAUCGAGCACCUUCUCAUCAGCCUUUUAGUCAACCAGCAGCCAGUACGCUGCCACGCAACUUCCAGCCAUUCAGACCCUUAGAAGAAGGAAUGCAGAGGCAAAAGAACCCCUCUAAGUGGAAUGAAACUGACCUGGAUGCAUCAUAUGACAGAAAGCCUCACCACACCUAUGACAAGAAUGAAUGGAUCAGACCUUCUGUACCCAACAGCAACUGGAAAGAAUCAAACCUGGACGCACCUCCUGCUGCCAAGAAGGAUACUGUGUCCCGUUCGCUCCCAUCGUCCCACAGCUCGCUCCCGAGGAACACUCGUAUCUCGGUGCCCCCUGAACUCCCCACAAGCACAAGCUCACCUUACGGCCCUCAGCAAAUCAUUUCCCGGAUCUCCAUUCCACCUGCGAGCACUGGAGUCCGUAAGCACAGGCCGAUCCCGCUUUCUUUCAUCAUGAGUCUCCAGAACCCGUACUAUGCUGCGGCUGUCGGCAGAUACGCCCCUGGUCCGAUGGGAGAGCCCCAGCAUCUUCCCCUGCCCCGAGAAUACCUGCGGCAAAAUCAGUCACCGCAACCUCAAAGACAACCUCCAUACUAUAGAGAAGAAGUUCUUCACCCUGGAGAUGUUGAUGCUGAGCUUGAGAGACAGGACAAAACAGAAGGCCCUGUGUACUUAACUGACCAAGGCAUGAAACCAGAACAAGAGGGUAAAGUGGAGGAUACAGAGAUGCCUCCUCGCCCUCUCAGCCCCACACGUCUACAGCCCAUGGUGGCCCCACAGGCGGAGUUGGACAUUGACCUGGAUGAAGCAAUGCGUAUCCGGGCCGAGUUCCCCAGGGCCCUAAAGAAACGCAGCUCAGUCGAAAUUCCUAAAACCCUGCGCAACCUGCCCCUUAACCAACCACCCAACCAUUACAAACAAAUUAUCAAUAAACUGUUUCGCAGGAAGACCAUCCGUGUCAAAGGAGAACCAGCUGCUGAAAGUAGCAGCUCUUCAGAUGGGGAAGACACUUCCAAAUCUCCUGUAGCUAUGGUUCCAGUACCGAUCACAGAGAUACAGGUCUCUUCUGAACAGAAGGGUAUACACUCUAUCUUACGGAAGGGCAGCAAAGCCAAUAAAUCCUCCAGGCGUAGGGCUCACCUGAGCCCACUGGUGCUGAUGUUGGAUGGGUCUUUAGUAGGAGAGUUAGAAACUGUGCAGAGGGCUGCGCAGGAGGCGAGUGACCCAAGCCAGGCUAAUGAUGAAGGCAUCACAGCCCUUCACAAUGCCAUCUGUGGUGGACAUUUCCCAGUGGUGGAGUUUCUCGUGAGGAUAGGGGCUAACGUUAGCGCUCCAGACAGCCAUGGCUGGACGCCCUUGCACUGUGCUGCAUCCUGUAAUGACCAGAAAAUGUGUGAGUUUCUGGUGCGGAACGGAGCAGCGGUGAUGGCCGUGACAGACAGCGAUGGGGCCACAGCGGCGCAGAAGUGUGACCCCUACGCCCCGGGCUUCGAGGAGUGUGAGAGCUUCCUGAGAGGUAUGGAGGAAGCAAUGGGUGUAGAGAACAGUGGGGUGGUGUACGCUCUUUGGGGAUAUCCUGCCCAGGCUCCAGACGAACUGAGCUUCAAAGAAGGAGACAUGGUGACCAUCCUGCAGAAGCCUGAGGGGGUGGACUGGUGGUGGGCUUCACUGUGCGGCAGGGAGGGCUUCGUACCAAACAACUACUUUGGGCUUUUUCCGAAAGUGCGGCCUAAAUCACUCUGCUGAACACAUCCACGAACAUAAAGACAAUAGCAAUCGAUGCUUCUGAAUCAUGCAUUGAGUUUUUUUUUCUCUUCUUCCUUCCCUUUAAAUUGUGUUUAGUGAACAGCUAUGAUGGGAUUUUAAACAUGCAACACUGUACAACUUUUCUCUACAGACCACCAUGACAAAGUGGUAAACGGGGAAUAGUUUCAGCUUGUAAAGCUAAGCAGUCUACCUAUUUUAUUUGAGUAUAGGGAUUCAGUUUAACUGCAUUAGCAAACUGAAUUGGAUUUGAUACAUAAAUGCAUUAAGUCUCGAAUUAAUAAUUAGUUUGUUCAGAAAGGUUCGUUCUUUGUCUCGACUAUUGUUUUUCAGCACUGAGCAGGAAGGAAAUUCAUCAGUCUAUCAGUAUUGCUUUGUUUAUGUAUACUUUGCAUGUUAGUGUGUCUGUUGUUAAUCAGUAAUGUUGCUUAGAUACAAAAAAGUUUUUUAGAUUGAAUAACUGAUGUCCUAACUCAGCUUCGGACUAUUUACAGUAUUCCACACUAAAAACGUUAGCCUUUUUAUGUAACUUCUAAACUUGUUUUUCCUGUGUUUUCACAUUGAUCUUUAUGUAGUUUAAAAUAUGAGCUGAAGUUUUCUUCUCAAAACAAUGUACUCUCCAUGUGGGUUGUGUAAUAAAUAUUUGAUUUGGUGUGUGUGUGUUUGUGUGUGUGUGUGUGUGUGUGUGUGUGUGUGUGUGUUUUAUUUGCCUUAUUGAAUCCACUGACUGUGAUUGUUAAGAAGACAAUGACAAAUUGUUACUCUCUAUAAUACUCUUGCACAAAAGGAAAAUAAAAACUAAUUGUAGA